AUGUCCGACAACCAGGCACAGCUGCAGGCUGUAUGGUGUCCCCAAAACCAGUCACAACAACACCAAAUUAAGGGGCAACAACGGGAGCGGCGCCAGUCAGUGACCCAGGAGAUGAGCUUGGAGUGCGCCAGGGACUUCGAGUGCGACAAGUGCGCGCGCAUGUUCCCAACCAAGAGGUUCUUGGCUCAGCACUUGGCGCCGGACAAGCGCAAGUGCCAACUGUGCUGCAAAAGGUUCCGGCACGUUAGCAACCUGGUGAACCACGUGCGAGUGCACACAGGCGAAAAGCCUUACACGUGCGUUGUGUGUCACAGGUCCUUCGCACAGGUAGGAAACCUGCGCACGCACAUCCGCGGCGUUCACUCCGGCUACACGCCGUACGCGUGCAACGUCUGUGGCCGGCAGUUCACGCAGAUGGGUAACCUGGCCACGCACAAGCACGUACACGACGCCAAUAAGCCGUACGCGUGCGAUAAGUGCCGGGUGUCUUACUGUCAACAGUACCAAUUGGUCAGGCACCAGAAGAAACACCGCGUGAACGUCUCUCCAGGUCCUUCACAAUCUCAGCGUCAUUAG